GGUAGGUACCUACGCAGGUACCAAAAGUCUCGUGUGCUACAACCAACUCGAGCCACAACCAACGCAGACCGCAAUGCAAGACCCCGAAACCACCCCAGCCCCGGCCCCGGCCUCCUCGCCCUCCCCCACCGACAAGUACGACCCGGCCCGGCUCUUCCGCGUCCCGGGCCUGGUCGCCGUCGUGACGGGCGGCGGUACCGGCAUCGGGCGUACUAUGGCCCUGGCCCUGGCCCACAACGGCGCCCGCCGCGUCUACGUCCUGGGCCGCCGGCUCGACAAGCUGCACGAGACGGCGCUGCUGGGGCCCCGCCGCCCUUCUCCGAGCCAACCCGGCGACGGCGACGAACCCGUCAUCGUGCCCAUCCAGACCGACGUGACCAGCAAGGCCCAGCUGGCCGCGGCGGCGGCGCGCGUGGCGGCCGAGGUCGGGCACGUCAACCUCGUGCUGGCCAACGCGGGCGCGACGGGGCCGGACCUGGUCGGGGUGCUGCCGGCGACGGCGGACGGGCCGAAGCCGACGCCGGCGGAGCUGCAGCGGCACGUGUUCGAGCACUGGACCGAGGAGCGGUUCGGGCGCGUGCUCGAGGUCAACGCGACGGCGCCCUUCUUCACCGCCGUCGCCUUCCUGGAGCUGCUGGACCGCGGCAACAAGGCGGGCAACACGCCCGGCGUGCCCAGCCAGGUCGUCGUCACGGCCAGCGUGGGCUCGUACGUGCGCGCCGUGCUGGGGAAGGGGGGGAUCCCGUACAAUGCGAGCAAGGCGGCCGCGAACCACAUCUUCAAGAUGCUGGGGAAUCUGUUCCUGGGGUACGGCAUCAGGGCCAACAUUCUGAACCCGGGCGUGUUUCCGAGCGAAAUAAGCGAAAAGUUCGUCUUUGACGCCAAGACGUUCCCGUCCGCCUUCAUCCCCGCCGGGCGGUUCGGGGACGAGACCGACAUUGCGGGCGCCACCCUGUUUCUCUGUUCCAGGGCGGGGGCAUAUCUCAACGGCCUGUCGCUGCUGAUGGACGGCGGCGUGCUCACAAUGGUGCCGUCGACAUACUAAAAAAGGUAAAACGGUAGGAAGCACGGAUACCAGGGAAGCUUAUGUAUUUGACACCCAAAGCAAAUGCCAUGUGAGCAUCACACAUCUGGCUCUAUUAUCUC